CACGUUUAUAAGGCGAGGCAGGUCUGCUCAAGAGCUACAGAGAGCCAAGCUUGGAGAGCUGAGAGGGACUCUUGCUCAACUUGACACAGAAAGCGGAGAAGAGACAAGGCAGAGAUCAUGGGACGGCAGAAGGACCUUCUCUCAGCCAUCGGCUUGAGGCUGCGGAUCAGGAAUAGACUUAUCCGUCAGGCCCUGGCUGAGUGUCUGGGAACCUUAAUCCUGGUGGUGUUUGGUUGUGGUUCAGUGGCCCAGUCUGUACUCAGCGGUGGAAAAAACGGACAGUUCCUGACCAUCAACCUGGCUUUUGGCUUUGCUGUGACUCUUGGAAUUCUGAUCGCUGGACAGAUCUCUGGUGCCCAUUUGAACCCUGCUGUCACCUUCGCCAUGUGCCUUAUGGCCCGGGAACCUUGGCUCAAGCUGCCUAUUUAUUCCUUAGCACAAACCAUCGGGGCAUUCCUGGGAGCGGGUAUCGUCUUCGGCUUGUACCAUGAUGCUAUUUGGGAUUUUGGUGGGGACCAGCUAUUAGUCACCGGUGAAAACGCCACCGCAGGGAUAUUUGCUACUUACCCUUCAAAGCACUUGACCCCCGUCAAUGGAUUUUUUGACCAGUUCAUCGGCACAGCAGCCCUGCUCGUGUGCGUCUUGGCUAUCGUGGACCCCCACAACAACCCAGUCCCCAAAGGACUGGAGGCUUUCACCGUUGGCUUUGUCAUCUUGGUCAUUGGAACAUCCAUGGGCUUCAACUCUGGAUAUGCCGUCAACCCGGCUCGAGACUUUGGACCUCGUCUCUUCACUGCCAUUGCUGGCUGGGGCUCAGAGGUUUUCACGACUGGCAGGGGCUGGUGGUGGAUCCCCAUCGUGGCUCCUUUCCUCGGAGCCACGGCCGGCGUCCUGGUCUACCAGCUGAUGAUCGGUUGCCAUGACGAACCGCCUCAGCACCACCUUCACCAACACGAAUGCGACGAGGAGGAAGCCGUCAAGCUGUCCAAGGUGAAGCAGAGGGACAAUGUUUGAGGCUCCCUGCAGAAGCGCGACCACCCCUUGGUGUGCCAAUGGACUUUUUUUUGUUACAAAAACCAACCAAAAAACCAAAAAAUAAAUAAAUAAAUAAACAAAGGACUGAUAGAACCAAAAAGAAGAGAGCAAGAAGAGAACAAGACACACAGUUAGGAAUUUCUUCUCCCUACCCCCAUUCCCCCCCCCCACACUUUUCCUCUGCUUUCCCCAAUUGCUACGCCACCCUUGGUUCAUUUGCUUUGCAAAGUAUGCUGUAAGCUUGAGGAUUUGGGGCCUCACUCUGGCUACACUGGGGAAUAGCGUGUGUCACGGAAGUCAUUAAAGCGUUAAGGCCUUCGCAGCCUGAAUCCUACUUUUCCCAAGUACCAACAACUCCUAACCUCACUUUGGCAAGAUGCAUGCAAGCACAUAUUGAUGUGGGAACACCUUUCUAAAUAGUUUUGGGGCGACCAGGUGGGUUAGAGUUAGGAAGAGUAUUAUACCAAUGCUGCCUGUUCCUUCACGGGACAAAUCUCUGCAGGGCUGGUGUCACCUCCUGGCUGCCCAGGUGGGGUUAUGGGCCUUGCCUGGACAAUCUUUUCCUCAGAACAAGCUAUAGCAGAGGAAAGAUUUCACAGGCAGGAGUGAUUUCGAGCUCCUUUUAGCGAUGGGCACAAGAAACCACUGCCUGGAACGUCAACAGAAUAAAAAAGACGAGGGGUUGGGGGAACCUGAGGGAAAUGUUGGUUUUCAUAGGGUGCAAGAUUCAUUAGAGAGGCUCUUUGCUGCAUCAAGCUUUGUAAAUAUAAAAAUGUAAUGCCUUGUUAUGUUCUGUCACAGCGUCCGGGCUUUGAAAAAUGUGUGUGUGGUGUUAGAGAGAGCGAGAGAGAGCAUGUAAAUUGAGUUUUUACUUCAGGGUGU